AUGGAUGUGGAACUCUAUAUUUAUGAUCUCUCCGGAGUAGGGUCUGGCACGUAUGUUUUUGGAGGUGUAGAGUACUUCUUUGGACAGGGUCUUCACAGGACUGUGCCUGGGACGACGCAUCAUGGACAGCCCAUGGAAAAGCUUCAUAUGGGACGGACGGAGUUGCCGAUUGAAGUUAUUCAUGAGUAUCUAGAGUCUUUAGCGCAGAUUUAUACUCCGGAGUCAUAUGACCUGUUUAUGCACAACUGUAACAACUUCACACAAGAUCUAUCCAUGUUCCUUCUUGGAAAGAGCAUUCCUGAGCACAUCAAGUCUCUGCCCAAAACAUUCUUGAGUACCCCUCUUGGGCAAAUGCUACGGCCGCAGAUCGACAGAGCGAUGCGUGGCAUCACACAAGCAGACCCAGGCCAACAGAUACCAGCCCCGGCUACACAGAUGCCCCGGAUACCUCAGCAGUCUGCAAUAUCCGCUGCAUCUGGGACACCACAAAUCAAAGGUUAUGUUAGGAACGUCACCAACCUGAGAGAAUUAGACGAACAGCUCUCUCUCGCCACAAACUCCUGUGCCUGUAUUUUCUUCACUUCCUCAACUUGCGCUCCCUGCAAAAUAGUAUACCCAGCAUAUGACGAACUCGCAGAAGAAGCCGGUGACAAAGCCGUUCUCAUCAAAGUCGAUCUCAACAAAGCAUUUGAUGUCUCGUCACGAUACCAAGUCCGCGUCACGCCGACAUUUAUGACUUUCCUCAAGGGCAAAAAGGAGCAUGAAUGGAAAGGAGCAAACCCGGCUGAGCUUAAGGGCAAUAUUCGGCUGUUAAUACAAUCUGCUUUUCCGCCUCAUCCUCAUACCGGGCUACGCCUGCCUAGUUUACAGAGACCGGUUACGAAUUAUGUGCUUUAUACACGAGUGCCUCCAAUGGAGAAGCUACUACAAAAGAUCGGCUCAUAUCAGCAUGAUCCUACGAUAACAGAUCUGAUUGAGUUUAUCAAGACGAGGUCGACGGCACCUGCUGAUACGCCCGUGCCGAAUCUUGCUUUCCUGGCUCAGUUUAUACAAUCAACACUUCCGUCCAUCCCCAAGGAUAGCCUAUUUGCGCUUGUUGACUUGAUCCGAGUUGCAUUUGUCGAUCCUCGCGUAAGCGGCUACUUUGCGGAGGAGUCAGGCCACAAGACUCUGUUGGCUCUACUUUCUCCAUUGUCUGACCUUGCCUCUUGCCCCUAUAAUUUGCGCAUCGUCAUGCUUCAGCUCGCAUGCAACUUUUUCACCUCACCAUUAUUCCCACAGCAGAUUACCAUAAAUGAGAAACUACGCGAGAUGUGCCUUCGAUUACUCACGGGCUGUCUCUUGGAUAGCCACACGAAUCUUCGAGUGGUUGCAGCAUCAUUUGCGCAUAACCUAGCGGCGUAUAACCACAACGAACGAUUCGCGAAUCGACCCGAUAAACUGACCGAAGAAGAUCAAGUCGAAAUCGCAGCGUCGCUGGUUGAAGCAAUCAACACUGAGGAAGAGAGCGUGGAGGCGCUGCACGGGUUCCUGUUCGCGCUGGGGUUGUUGCUGUAUGAAGCCCCCGUUGACGGCGGGUUGAUGGAUCUCUGUCGGGCGAUGGGCAUAGCGGAGUCAAUCACGGCGAAGAAGCAGAUUGAGAAGAUGAAGAACGAGCCUUUGCUGAAGGAAAUUGGGCAGGAGCUGUUCGUCAAGGGAUUGAAAUAG